GGCCGGAGCUCCUGGCGGUGCCGGAUCCUGACGGUGGCCUUCCCCCGGGUCUGUAAGUGCGGAGGCGGCCGGAGCGCCGGGUAGGGGUACAAGGUCUCUCAAAAUCGAGCCCCCUUGGGGCCCUGGAUUGGCCGGGACCUGCACCGGGAUGGGGGCCGAGGGGCUGGCCUAGGCUCGGGGGUGCUUAAGGAGCCCUUGGCCCGGCCCCUGCUAUGCCCCGCCCCUUUCCCUCCCCUGAGUCUGGAGUGGGGAGCCUAAGGAUGCCCCCAGGGACCUUCUCCGGGGACCCCAGCCGAGGGCCCAGCAGUUGGCUUUAACCCGACUGUGGCAUCUUUUUAAGAAGUGCCAGUUCUCGGCCAGGGCAAGGCCUCAGUGCCAGCCUGCAAGGAUCACUGUGGAGUGCAGCUAGUUUACCUUUUUGCCACUGGCUGGCUACACCACCUUUUUUAUAUCUGGCGCCUUGUCAGGCACUGGGAGUUCGUAAGAAAUUGUUCUAAUUUUCAGGGUCAAGUUUGGGAACCAGAUAAAAACAAAUGAGUGCUCCUGCGAUGUACAUAUCAGUCGUAUAUGUAUGAAACGUUCAAGGGGCAGUCGCCAGGGAGGCUGAAGAGACUUUUCAGUUUUACUUAGGGAUAAGGUGGAGAAGAGGUUUUGCGCUCAGAGGAACAGUUGCAGUGCUGUGAAGGAAUACCUUAGCAUAACUUGUGUGGGAAGAGCAGGAGAGGGUUCCAGGGCUCUUGUGCAAAGCAUGAGCUAUGAAGCUGGGAUAGUAGAUGGAAGUCCAGAUAGUGAAGAUUUACUCCCAAAAGAGGUGGGUACUUGUUGAAGAGUUUUGAGCAGGAGACUAGUGUGGUCAGCUUUGCACUGUAGAAAAUCAUCUUGUUCUGGAGGUCAGCCUAUAGGAUAGGAAUUUCUAAGAAUUGAUUCUGGACUCUUUAGCUAAAGUCUAGUUGUUCUUAUUGGAGAUUCUUUUGAAGGUGUAAUGGGAUCAGCCUACUGAGAAGUAAUGAAAUCCCAAAACGGAGUUAUGAUAGUAUUAUCAGAAAGAAGGCAGGUAUGCUGAAGGGAAGGGCUUCCCUGGUAGCUCAGCUGGUAUAGAAUCCGCCUGCAACGCAGGAGACCCCUGUUUGAUUCCUGUAUUGAGAAGAUCCCCCGGAGAAGGGAUAGGCUACCCACUCCAUUAUUCUUGGACUUCUCUGGUGGCUCAGACGGUAAAGAAUCCUUCUGCAUUGUGGGAGACCUGGGUUCGAUCCCUGGGUUGGGAAGAUCCCUUCGAAGAGGGCAUGGCAACCCACUCCAGUAUUCUUGCCUGGAGAAUCCCAUGGACAGAAGAGCCGAGCGGGCUGCAGUCCACAGGGUUGCAAAGAGUUGGACAUGACUGAGAGUGCCUAAGCACACACAGCACACAUGCUGUAGGAAAUGCCAUAAAGACUCCAUCAUAAAUUGGAUGUUGAGGGUGAAAGAGGUGUCAGAGCUGAGUCUUAGGUUUCAGGCCUGUGAAAUUUGAAGAUUGUUAAUGCCAUUAUCAGCAAUAAAACCAUAAACAUAGUGUAGAUUACCAGUUCAUUUUUUGGAUAUUUGAAUUUAAGGCCUGAUGGGAUAGCCACAUGGAACUGUCCAGUAUAGAGUUGGAAAGACAAAUCUGCAGCUCAGCCUAAAUGCUGUGGCUUGAGGUGAAAGUUUGAAUCGUCCUAAAGCACAUAGGUGGAAGCCAUGGAAAUAGUUGGCAUCAGGAAGGGGUUAUUGAGAAAGAAGGGAAUAUUUGGGGAGAUGGGACUGAGUAGUUAAUAGUAGUUGAUAUAAUAGGAGAAACAGAAAUAGAUGAUAAAAUAUAAUGAUAAAAUGUAAGGAUUCCAGCAACCAAGAAGUCUUGGAAGUCAAGAGAGGAGAAUAAUGAGAAGGGUCCACUGACACAAUGGAUGCAGAGCCUUUGGAGAAUGAGAAAGAAAAAAAAUAAAAGAUUGCAUUUCUUGAUCCUUUUGUAGUUCAUGAGCAUGAUGACUGGGUGUUCACGCUGCUGCGUGACAUGUGCCUCCCUCCAAACCUUGUUACAACAUCGGCACAUUACCUGUCUGAUGUGAGAAAAAAAAAAAAAAGAUUGCAUUUCUUUAUCAAGAGAUCAUGGGUGACUUUUUACAAAACAAUCUUAGCAGAAUGAUGAGGUGAUAAUAUGUGAAAUAAUGGAGACCUCAGGUGGUUUGGUAUCAAAUGAAAAUGAAAGAAAUGCCACACGUGAAGGACUUCACAAAGGAUAUUGACAGGCUUUAUUUACUUAUUUAUCUAACAUUUGCUUACAGAGCACAAUUCCAGGCUCUACCCUAAGUUCUUUUAAAAAGUAACUUAAAAAAAAAUAAAAAGUAACUUAAUUUAAAGCAUUAAUUUACUUUUAAAUUAAUUUAAUUUUCCACAACCUAUUGUUAUGGAAAUAUUAAGUAAUAUUAUUAAGUACUAUUAUUCUUUGACAAAUGGGACAACUGAAAAAUACAGAAGUAGUUAAGUAACUUGCCCAAGGUCAUACAACUAGAAAGUGGUAGGGCAGCGUUCUGAUUCUUGGAAACCUGGUUUUAUCCACUGUACUAAGCAGUGAUUGAACAUGGGAGUCAAAAGAAUGGGAAAAAUUUAAGCAAAGAUAGACUCAUUGAUAAAAAAAAAAUGGAGAGGCUUGGAAGAGAUCCAGAUUGAGAAGAAGGUCUGCCAAAAUGUCUGAAAGAUCAGAUCUCCUUCACUUCAAGUUUGAAAAUUAUGGAGAUUCAAUGUUACAAAAAAUGAACAAAUUAAGAGAAGAGAAUAAAUUUUGUGAUGUUACAGUUCUCAUAGAUGAUAUUGAGGUACAGGGGCAUAAAAUUGUGUUUGCUGCAGGUUCCCCCUUCUUAAGAGACCAGUUUUUACUGAACGAUUCGAGAGAGGUGAAAAUCUCCAUAUUGCAGAGUUCCGAAGUGGGGAGACAAUUGCUCUUGUCGUGUUAUAGUGGUGUGCUGGAAUUCCCUGAGAUGGAACUGGUCAAUUACUUGACCGCUGCGAGUUUUCUUCAGAUGAGUCACAUUGUAGAACGGUGCACGCAGGCCUUGUGGAAGUUUAUAAAGCCAAAACAGCCAAUGGAAAGUAAAGAGGGAUGUGAACCACAGAGUGCUUCUCCCCAGUCGAAAGAACAUCAGGGGGAUGCCAGAGGUUCCCCAAAGCAGGACUCACCUUGUAUUCACCCAUCUGAAGACAGUAUGGAUAUGGAGGACAGUGAUAUUCAGAUCGUUAAGGUAGAAUCUAUUGGUGAUGUAUCAGAGGUUAGAAGUAAAAAAGAUCAGAACCAGUUUAUUUCUUCUGAACCCACUGCUUUACAUUCAUCUGAGCCCCAGCACUCUCUGAUAAAUUCAACUGUGGAAAACAGAGUAAGUGAAAUAGAGCAAAACCAUCUCCACAAUUAUGCCCUCUCUUACACAGGCAGUGAUAACAUCAUCAUGGCCUCAAAAGAUGUCUUUGGGCCUAAUAUUCGAGGUGUAGACAAAGGCCUGCAGUGGCAUCACCAGUGCCCAAAGUGUACCAGGGUGUUUCGUCACCUGGAGAACUACGCCAACCAUUUAAAAAUGCACAAACUCUUUAUGUGUCUACUCUGCGGCAAGACUUUUACUCAGAAAGGCAACCUUCAUCGACACAUGCGUGUGCAUGCCGGCAUUAAACCUUUCCAGUGUAAAAUCUGUGGGAAAACCUUUUCUCAGAAGUGUUCCUUACAGGAUCAUCUUAACCUUCACAGUGGAGAUAAGCCCCAUAAAUGUAACUAUUGUGACAUGGUUUUUGCACAUAAGCCAGUUUUGAGGAAGCACCUUAAACAGCUGCAUGGCAAAAACAGCUUUGAUAAUGCCAAUGAAAGGAAUGUGCAAGACCUCACUGUGGACUUUGAUUCUUUUGCGUGUACAACAGUCACAGACUCUAAAGGGUGUCAGCCACAGCCUGAUGCAACACAGGUCCUGGAUGCAGGUAAACUGGCCCAAGCGGUCCUGAACUUAAGGAAUGAUAGCACCUGCGUGAAUUAAAUAGGGCCUUUGUGCUCCUAACUAGAACUGACUACAAAUGUGGCAAUAGCCUGAGUCUUUUUAGGAGUCAUUUCACUAAUUUGACUUCUCCAGAGCCUCUGUGCAGGUCGUGGGGGUGAGUCAAAGCACUAAUAGACCAGGCAGCUUGCCACUUGGAGUGGUCUUGCCUGCCUUUUGCCCUUUCCCAUGUUCUGUUCUGAAUUAUUUAUCCUGUGAUGUCUGUUUUCCUUCCCAAGGAGUACUCCAUUUGUCUACCCAACAUCAGCUUGUGUCUUAGAUGGACACUGUUUUAGACUUUCCACUGGGCACAUUCUGAAGGAACCAAGAAGUUAGUAACAUCACCUCCACUCCACCAAUAGACGCUAUGCUAAGGGAAGCAAAUAAUCUUUUUCUUUGGUAGGGAAUAAGCUGAGAUAUAAGGUGAUAUUGCUAUCAGCCUGAAUAUGUGAUAUAACUUCUGGUUCUAUCAGAACCACUGAUAAUUCAUCUAUGUCUGAUAAAUGAAUGAAUCUACUUAUCCUGGAGCUGGCUAUAAAGAAGUAUUUUAGAUUAUUCUGUACUCUUUUCAACAGUUUAUGGCCCAGCUUCAUGUGAUUGAAGUUCACGUAGACCAGAGUACAAUAUUUCCAUCAAUACCUGCAGAUAGGAAUCAUCACUGGGGAGCAUAACCAACAAAGGGUAGUAGUUCUACAACAGUACUUAUUUGGGAGGUCUUCCCCCAAAAGAAGUCAAAUGCUUUUAAUUUUUCUGUAGCUUACUUGGUGAUGCUUUUGGAAUCAGGAUUGCUCCAGGUACACUUAAAAUGUGCUAACAUAUAUAAUGGUCUCUCUAAAAAGGGGCUAUCUGGAGUCAGUCUCUAAACUUUGUUAUAGAAGUUCGCUAUUGGUAAGGUGAGUUUGGCCUUCAGAGUUUUGUCCAGUGUAUUGUAAUAGUCUCUGAAUUCUCAUUUCCUUGUGUACCUUAAUUUCUAAAGUGAAUGAAAAAAGUGGGUCACAGAAGGAGCAGUCAGAUUUUUGCAUUUAGAUGUUCCUAUAAUGGUACACAGUCCCACCUCAUCCCCUUUGACAGAUCAAAUACAAAGUUGAUCUUCCGUUAUGGAAAAACAAAACAACUGUUUUUCCUAAGCACAUGUUCAGAAAUAAAAUUUUGAGUCUUACUCGUUUCUGACCCAUGAGUUAGAUUUAGAUAAUAGGAGUGUUUGAGUCCAUAGAGAAUCUUAAGAAAUCAUUUAGCCUGCCUCUCUUUUUUUAAGUUGGGGUAUCCAAAGCCCAAAGAGGUAGCCUGGCCAAGGUUGGCCAAAGUAGACUAAGGAGGCUAAAUAUGAGCUAAGGUCACCUCACUUCUUACUGUCCCUUGGCUUAAAAAGAUUUAGUACAUGGUCAGGAAUACUUUAGCAAAAAGUUCCUAGUUUGUGCUUCCCCGCUGUGCAUCCUUGUUUGCUUUCUAAGAUAGCCUCGAUUUUGCAAACAGAACAGUCAUGGAAGGAUUUAUUUUUGUAAGGUAAUUAUUUUUUGUUUAGGAUGAAUAUUACAUUCUUCCUAAGCAAGCAAGUGAUUUGCUGGGUGUUUAUUAGUAACAGAAAGGACAAGUAACAAUGUGAGAAGGAUCCAAAUGUGAAACUAAUUUUGUCUGGAAACAGUGUUUAGUUUCUGUCAGGAUUUUCUGUUUUUUGUUUCUGAGCUGUGAGAGUCCAUGUAUAGAUGAACCAAAAAUUAAUUUUAACUUGAGUAGUCAGAGGGUAUUCUUAAAGUUGUUAUAAUUUGAUGCAUUUACAUGUGAAUCUGAUUUGAAGUAUAAUUUCUACCAUUUGUUAAAAGGUUUUAAAUGAGAAUAAAAUGGAGUGGUAAGACUAAUAGGUAUCUUAUGCCUAAUGUCACUCAUUAUAUGAUCUAAUGAUGCUACCUAGCAUUCUGGUUUUUAUAUGAUCCAGCCAAAGAGUACCAAUUCUAUGCAAUAGUGAGACACUAACAUGUUAACCAAUGUUUCACUCUUCUCUCUAAACAUCAUUUUAUCACAGGGAAAUUUCAAGUUGGAGUGCUUGCUUUGCGUAAAUUCAUGUCUCGUUUUGUAACUGGUUUGAAGACUAAAAGGCAUGGGUUCAAAUAAAAUUGGUCUCUUUGGUUGGAGACUAUUUCUGGAUUCAUUCAGGCAUUCAGGAGACAUUUAUUGAACACAUAUUAUUGCUAGGCACUAUGCUAGAUACUGAGAAUUUGAAGAUAAGAUUGUUAUGGUCUCUGCCCUCACAGAGCUUACAGUCUCAUGUAGUCUUAGUGAGAUAAAGUAUCAAUUUGGCUUUAUCCUAGGAAGAAUAAAGAAAACUGCCUUGCUUUCUUUGAUCACUUAAAAUCAGCCUCUUGAUGGUUUUGUAUGAGUAAAACUUGUAGUUCUCACCUUUUUCAGUUGCAAACCACUGAAGUGGUUUACAGUCUCCCCCAUUUCUUGGCUGGAGAGGUGUUCUGUUUCUGUGAGACAUUUUCUUAAUUUUGGUGGUACUUGAGUUUUUCUUUGUUUAUACAUGUUUCUUAGAUUAUAUUGCAAAGUGAUCAAUUUACUGAUAUCGAAUAUGUUUUACAGAGGACGAUGACUUUCAAAACUAGUUGUAUUCUUGUAGUGGAGGAAGAUUUUUUAAAACCUUAGACAUUCAGCAUUUGUAUUUUAUGGAUCCCCAGGAUAACUAAAAAUGAGAGGGUUCUGUUUUCCUUAGUUUGGUUUUUUAAAAAAGCACUGUGUCACAGUUAUUUAUUUAUUAUUUAAUUUUAAAGGCAAACUCCAAACUGAAGUGGCUCUGAGGUAAAUCAGAUGUGGUUUUAAUUUGUUUUAGUUUAUUAGAAGAUCUAUAAAUGGAGGGUGAUCACCAUCACUUCUAAAAUAUUGUCCUAAACAAACAACCCAGAACAUUUUAUUUCAGCUGGUGAAUAGCUGUUCUAAAUCUGUUGUAUGUUAGACAUACUGUGAACUACCUCUUCACUUAUUAUGGGGAAGUUUCCUUAAUAAAAGUGUGACAAUUCAAAGCUCUGGUGUCAAUGAUUUAUUUUCUCUCUUUCCCUCCUGC